AUGGCAGCCCUGGAGGACCAAAUCAAGUGGCUGAUCGGCUCUCUAGGCGACCUUGAAGCUCUUCGUCGCAACCCAAAACGUGGUGGCUCAUCGGGAUUUGGACUGGGGCAAAAGGGACGAGCAAGCGAUGACUGUAGCCGAGCUGAAGCGGACGAUAGGAAAAAAGGCCAAGGUGGAAGAAGAGCUGGAGCAGACACGGAGCCGGCUGGAGGAAGAGGAGAAGAGGAAUGUUGA